AUUAGUAUAUUAGAGGCUCCCACAGACGCGACACAAUUUUGGCGGCGCAGGCACAUCUUCGCCAUGCGUCCGCUCCACCUGGUAGAUUUUAGGAUUUUAGAAUUUUAGAAUCUUAGAAUUAGAAGAGGAGAGAAUCUUCCUUUCUCUAAAACUACUGUUUUGCCCAUUUAAUUCUUUUUCCUAAUCUCAAACUCUUCUCUUCUUUAUUUCGAACCACUCAGUAUAUACUUAUAUUAUAGAUAGCUCUCUUUCUCUCUGAAAAUCAGUGAGUUUAGUUUUACAAAAAAUGGGAGCUUACUGCAACGAAGAUUUAUCUUUUCCACCAGUAAAUAGAUUUCCCAUAUCUCCUAAUACCCGAUUACUCAAGCAUGUUCGUGACAAUGUCCAUGGCAACAUCUAUCUCGAUCCUCUCUCUUUGAAGUUUAUGGAUACGGAGCAUUUUCAAAGGCUUCGUGAGCUCAAACAACUAGGUGCAACCCAUAUGGUUUAUCCUGGGGCUGUGCAUUCCAGAUUUGAACAUUCUCUUGGUGUUUAUUGGCUUGCUGGUGAAGCUGUGGAAAGGUUGAAACUUUACCAGGGCUUGGAGCUAGGUAUUGAUCACUUUGAUGUUCAGACAGUGAAGCUUGCAGGACUUCUGCAUGAUGUGGGCCAUGGUCCAUUCAGUCACUUGUUUGAACGCGAGUUUCUUCCCAGGGUUACAAAUGGUUCAAAAUGGUCUCAUGAACAAAUGUCUGCAAAGAUGGUCGACUGCAUCGUUGAUGAGCAUCAUAUUGACGUUGACUCGGAAAUGAUGAGCAGAGUUAAGGAGAUGAUACUAGCUAGCUCGGAAUUUUCACAGAUAAAAGAAACAAGGGAGAAACGGUUCUUGUAUGAUAUUGUUGCUAAUGGUCGAAAUGGAAUUGAUGUAGACAAGUUUGAUUACAUUUCCCGUGAUUGCAGAGCUUGUGGCUUAGGAUGCAGUUUUGAGUUUCAGAGGUUGAUGGAGACAAUGCGGGUUGUGGGUGAUGAAAUUUGCUAUCGUGCUAAGGACUAUCUUUCCAUUCACAAGUUGUUUGUCACUCGUGCGGACCUUUACCGCACAGUUUAUACUCAUCCAAAAGUAAAGGCAAUAGAACUUAUGAUAGUUGAUGCGUUGUUGAAGGCAAAUGAUUAUUUGCAAAUAUCAUCUUAUGUUGAAGAUCCCUCAGAAUAUUGGAAGUUAGAUGACACAAUAAUUAAGACUAUCGAGACAGCUCCUGAUGAGCAACUAAGGGAGUCUAGGGAUUUGAUUCUGCGCAUACGCAGGAGAAACUUAUACCAGUUCUGUAAUGAGUAUGCUGUUCCUAAGGACAAACUGGAAAACUUCAAAGAUGUCACUGCACAAGAUAUUGUUUGUUCACAGAAAAAUGGCGGUGUGCUGCUGAAGGAAGAGGAUAUUGCAGUAAGCAACAUUAGGAUUGAUUUGACUCGUGGAAGGCAUAAUCCUCUUGAAAGCAUCCAAUUUUUCAAGGAUUAUGAGAGUGAGGAGAAAUUUCCCAUACCUGAUGAUCGCAUCAGUCACUUACUACCUACAUCCUAUCAAGAUAUGAUAGUGAGGGUCUAUUCCAAAAAGCCUGAACUGGUAGCAGCGGUUUCUGAGGCUUUUGAAAAUUUCCAGUUGAGAACUUAUGGGAUCAAGGCACAAGUACAUGCAACUCCAGAAAAGAAAAAACGCCGUAUAUGAGGUUUUUGGUUGUAUAUAUUGGCUAUCUUUUUCUUUAUUUGGAAAAGAACAUAGAAUGACAUGGUUGUCAUAUGACGAUCAAUACAGUAUCAAUAUCAUAUAUUAUAAGAAGCGAAUAUUUUAUUUAAUGCUUUCUUCAAUUUUGUCAAGGUUUUGCAUCAACCUUGAAUUUUGAAGGGCGCUUAGCCAUUUCAGUAAAUAGAAUAGUAGAGCUGAUGAGUUCUUUUCAUUUUCCUUGUUUAAUUCCCUUUCGACUGGCAAAAUGCCUGCAAUUUUGUACAAUCAAUUCAUCUUUUUCCA